AUGCCAAAAGGUAUUGAUUUCGGUGGAAAUCAUUGUCAUUUAUUUGGUGCAUCGAAUUCACAAUUAAAAGAUCAUUCAUUUUGGUUUAUUAAAGGAUUAACACUGCAUGAAAUUCAUCAAAAACAACAAUUAUUAAGUCAAAAUGAUCAAAUUCUUAAUUUAGGCACCUUUGUUGCUCGAUUAGGUUAUCACAAAGAUAUUGCUAAUAUUCUUGUAGAGGCAGAUCAGUUUGACGUUGCUCUUGGUCUUUAUAUGCGAGCACUUGAAAUUUACAGAGAACACUUUACUGAAAGACAUCCAGAAGUAUUGACAAGCAAUCAAAACAUAGCUCAUUGUUUUAGAGCAAUGGCAACAAAAUGCGUUGAGAAACAGCUUUGGCAAGAUGCUCUCGAGUUUUGCCAACAAGCUUUAAAGAUUUACGAAGAUGUAUUACCAAGUGAUUCAACUGAAAGAGAAUCAAUAUUAAAAAGUUUGAAGAAUGACAUGAAUCAAUUACUUGAAUUGAUUAAAUCAAAUACAUGA